CUGCCAGAACAAUUGGUAUGACCACACCCACAGCCAGGGACUCCAAAUAGGGCUGCAAUGCUGCUCAUUCACAAGCUGUUUGUACAGAAGGUGAGAGGAAUCUCCUGUUAGUGGGACAUCAGUGGUGGAUUUCUCUACAGUUUCCAGUGUCAUACACAUUCUGCAUGCUUUAGUAUUCCUUGUACUACGGUGGACUUGAGCUUGGAGAGGCUUUUGGACUUGGUGAGCACCAGUACUUCACAACCUAUGUGAGCAGUGUCGGCAAUAAAUUACAAUUUUAAGUCUUGUGGAAUUUGGCAAUACAAAAUGGAAAAUGUUAGUACACACAUGGAUGAAGGAAAAAGUCCGUCCAAGAUGCUACAUGAAAAACACAUUUGUCAAGAGUCUACCAGUGAAGAUAGGCUAAAGAGCAAUGAAAAAUAUAUUUCUAAUUUCUCAAACUUUUAUUCCUCAGGUGCUCACAAGUAACUGGAGCAUUGACUCAAAGGCUAUUUCACAAGCAGACCUGCUCCCUGCAAGAAAUGGAGAAAAGUGUACAGAACAAUUUUUAGCUGAAAUCUUGCAAAUUCUCUUCAAUCAUAUUAAGAAGACCUAUGACGGCAAAAGCAAAGUUCUUGACUUUCAUCAUCCACACCAGCUACUAGAAGGACUGGAAGGCUUUAAUUUGGAAUUAUUUGACCAGCCAGAGCCUUUAGAACAAAUUCUUGUUGAUUGUAGUGGUACUCUAAAAUAUAGCAUAAAAACAGGACAUCCACGUUACUUCAAUCAACUUUCCAGUGGCCUUGAUAUAAUUGGACUAGCUGGUGAAUGGCUGACUGCAACUGCUAACACAAACAUGUUUACAUAUGAAAUUGCACCAGUGUUUAUAGCCAUGGAGGAGAUUGUGCUGAAAAAAAUGCAAGAGAUAAUUGGAUGGGGAGAAAAUGAAGCAGAUGGCAUAUUCUCUCCCGGUGGAACAAUCUCCAAUCUUUACAGCCUUCAAGCAGCUCGUUACAAAUAUUUCCCUUUAGUAAAAACAAAGGGAAUGGCAGCACUUCCACAGAUUGCGGUCUUUACAUCAGAACAGAGUCACUACUCUUUUCGAAAAGCAGCCUCAGUUCUUGGUAUUGGAACAGACAAUGUCAUUGCAGUAAAGUGUGAUGAAAGGGGUAAAAUGAUUCCAUCUGAUUUGGAAGAUAAAAUUCAGAAAGCUGAAAGACAAGGACAACAUCCGUUUUAUGUCAGUGCCACAGCUGGGACAACGGUGUUUGGUGCAUUUGAUCCCCUCGUCAGUAUUGCUGAUAUUUGUAAAAGAUAUGGACUCUGGAUGCAUGUUGAUGCAGCUUGGGGUGGUGGAUUACUGUUGUCUAAAAAGCAUCGCCAUAAACUGAAUGGAAUUGAAAGAGCUAAUUCUGUCACUUGGAAUCCUCACAAAAUUAUGGGAGUCCCACUGCAAUGCUCUGCAAUACUUAUUUGGCAAAAGGGUCUUCUGCAGUCAUGUAACGAGCAAUGUGCAGAUUAUCUUUUUCAAAUGGACAAGCAUUAUGAUACAUCCUAUGACACUGGAGACAAGACAAUCCAGUGUGGCCGCCAUGUGGAUGUGUUUAAAUUCUGGCUAAUGUGGAAGGCAAAGGGUACCUGUGGCUUUGAGCUCCAAAUAAACAAAAUCCUUGAACUUGCAGAAUACUUGUAUAACAAGCUCAAAUCGAAACCAAACUUUGAACUUGUCUUUCAUGAUAAGCCCGAGUGCACAAAUGUCUGCUUCUGGUAUAUUCCACCUAGUCUGGAACAUGCACCAAGAGAUGAGGAAUGGAACGCAAAACUGCAUAAGGUUGCUCCACAGAUUAAAGCCCGUAUGAUGGAAGAAGGUACAGUUAUGGUCGGUUACCAGCCUCAAGGAGACAAACCUAACUUUUUCAGGAUGGUUAUUUCAAAUCCAGCUUCUAAAAAAUCUGAUAUUGAUUUCCUUCUUGAAGAAAUGGAAAGAUUAGGAAAAGACUUGUAGCACGUGUAUUUUACAAAUUUUUAUUUAAAUUUAUUUUAAGAUGCUUUUAUUAGUUGGAAGAACCGACUCUUAAUUUUAGUCCUUGGUUGAAUCUCAACAGCUCUACAUUUUUAAAAUGGGGAAAAUUUCCUUGUAUAUUGGAUUACCUUUUUAACAGCUGACAAUGUUGUUGUUGCUUCUUGUUACAACACACAACUUUGCAUCUUCCACAAAACUUAACAAUAGAUUGAAUCUUCUUUUACAACUCAAUUUGUUUUUAAAAUAGGUUACAACUCUGUGGUUUUAGCUACAGUAUAUAGGUUAAUUGUAUGUUAUGUCAUCUUGGCUAUAUAACCGAAGACUUCAAUAUGAAACAAAUUGAGGUAUAUGGGAACAGCUGUACAGGCAAAUGUCCAAUAAAUAGUGAGUGUAUGUGUGCAUACUGGACUGGUAAUCAUCUAUUUGAAUCUAAAACCACAAUCCUGCUAAAAUUUGUAUACAUUUAGAUUUUUAGUUUUCCUUGAAAAGCUUAAUAAAUGAUUUUAUCUGUA